AUGAGCAGAGUGGCAGUGGUUACAGGUGCAAACAAGGGUAUUGGCCUAGGCAUAGUCAAGGGGCUGUGCAAGCAGUUUGAUGGGACGGUGUAUCUUACUGCGAGAGAUGAGAAUAGAGGGCAGGAAGCAGUGAAAGAGUUAAACAAGCAGGGUUGUCAGCCCAGGUUUCAUCAACUAGAUGUCUCGUCGCUGGAUAGCAUCCACAGGUUCAAACAACAUCUAGAACAAGAGCACCAAGGGCUGGACGUGCUGGUCAACAAUGCUGGGGUGAUGUACGGGCGUAGCAAUCCCACGCCAUUGGUGGAACAAGUUGAAGUUACCAUGAGUAUCAACUUCUUCGGCACACUGAACCUCACCAAGGUGCUGACGCCACUGCUCAGACCUCAUGCCAGGAUAGUGAAUGUGAGCAGCAUGAUGGGAGGCCUGUCAUACGUCACCCCUCCACUCAGACAGACCCUCCAAUCAGAACAGCUGACGGAAGAAGACCUGGUACAACUGAUGGAACAGUUCAUCAGUGAUGUGAAGUCAGGUGUACAUGAAGAGAAGGGAUGGAAGAUGGAUACAUUAGCGUAUCGUGUGUCCAAAAUGGGAGUGACAGCCCUGAGCAGGGUGCUUCAGAGGCAGUUUGACGCUAAUCCAGGAACAGACAUUGUCGUCAAUGCUCUGUGUCCAGGCUGGGUGAGAACAGACAUGGGAGGCCCUAACGCAGGAAGAUCAGUGGAAAAAGGAGCUGAAACGCCAAUCUACCUCGCCCUGCUCCCUCCCAAUGUGAGAAGUCCCAGAGGGGAACUACUGCUGGAUAAAGAAGUUCUCAGCUUCUAGGAAACAUGCAUAAUCGUACAUGUUAGUUGAAGUGACCAACAGUUGAAAGAAAAAUAAAAUAAUACCAAGUGUCAAGUACUUUAAUCGUUGAAAUUUUUUUGUAGUAUUAUGCUACAAUGUAUAACUUAUUGUCAUUAUCUUUAUGUACUGAUUUAAUUACUAGUAUUCUGUUGACCGCGAGGUGUCUUUUCAACCACUGCAUCUUCUCCCAAAAUGUUUUGAGCUAAUUUAAAUACAACCGUCUCAUUCUGUAGAUAUAUAAUGGUUUGCAAGAGGGCGCUGUUGUACCGUAGUAUGGAAUUUUCCUGUUUAUCUGGAGACACCAAAGUUUGACAUUAUUGUGUCUUGAAAGUUUAUAUUGUCAAUUUGUA